CGUAAAAUCAGGUAAACAUAUCAUGUAUAUGCGUGUGCAACAACUACACACUGCCCAAGAUAGAGUUAGUACAUAUACGUGAAAAAUUCAACAGGGUAGUAUGGACAAAAAGUCACCGAGGUAGUAUGUACGAAUCCGAUCAACAGAGAAUGCCCCAGUAUCAUACUCGCCUCUGAUAUAUAUUACGUGUGUAGAAGCAAUACGCACAUAUAUACAUAGCGCAUUUACAAGUUAACACGCACAACCAACAUAAUGGAAGCAUCGCUCUCACACACAAGUCCCAAUACAGUAUACACCCGGGAGGAGCAUUUCAAUCGGGUGCCGGUGGCAGAGAGUCGCAUUCAAGCACUUGGCAACGAAAUUGACACUCUCAGAGAAAAUUUGCAUCUCACACUUAUUCGCAACGAGCUGUUAGAAGAUAAGUAUGUUGUACUGCAGACUAGUGUGAGUACAUAUACGCAACAACUCGCACGGAAUCGGUCACAGAUUGUGCGGGGGGUGAAUCACAUGCGGGCGAUCAAGAAUACUAAGAUACAACGAUUAGAGCUCGGAGUGGCACAGAUAACACAGACAGCACAGAAGCAACCGGCGAAUAAGCGAGAUGUAGGUGAGGAUUGUGGUGAGUGUGCUAUUGAUAGUUUGGAGUUGAAGGAGUUGAACAGUCAGGACUCGGUUACCAAGAUGAACGAAUCACAGCAUACGUUGGGUGCUAAAUCCGGAAGCAUUCCAAUUGGCAGACCUUCGGAGAGGUCAGGAUUGCCCAUAGAUGGGACUACUGUUGGGAUACAUACUGCUGAACCGGGCUCUGGUGAAAGUUGCGAAAGCCUAGAAGAUCAUAGACAGUCGUUGAUGCGUGCAUGUAGCGAGUGUACGCAGUGUAUGCAGAAGAAUGCUAUAAUCCAAGACCUUCAGCGCAAGUUACAGUAUGUACAGGAUCGCGUCACGGUAUACGUACGCCCCCCCAGAGACGAGACAAUGGAGUAUCUGAUGAUGUUGGCCAAGCAGCAAAGACUGUAUAGUGUGGGAAGUCGGUUUGAUACUACUGCUAUAUGUGAGGUGCUUGUGGGUGUCGGCAUGGGUUGGUUCUGCGCUAUGCAGACAAUCUAGCACGGGGGCGAAUACAAUGUUCUGAAGACAUGGCACAAUACGUGACUGAUGGCGCAUACAAUCAUAUAUUGCCAAUAGUGUUCAUUGGCUUCAGAUACACGCACAUAGAUGGUAACUGAAUCGGAUCAGGAAGGCCAGCACGAAUGUUAUGUUUGUAUAAGCAAGUACACGAUAGUGCAACGAGACAGUUUAGUAUCACGUAUACGUGCCAGGCGCUGGUGGGUGAGUGCAUUAGCGUGUUGUACUCUAUGCACUGUGCAGAGUACGGGAGCGAGUAUAGUGUUUUGAGGAGAUGGCAGGAUACGUGAUUGAGGGCCCAAGCUUGUUGCGAGUGAGCUGGCGAUCGAUACCUACAACUACACGCACCAGGUAGAUAGCUAAGUGCCAUUGGUCAAGCAUAUAUAGAGGUCCCCUUUGUAACAUUUUAUCGCGUGCGGAGAUUCGGCACUAUGUUGCAGUUCCUAAGGCGCAUGUACAUCAGACGGUUACGUGCAGCAGGGUAUUGAGUAGAAUGGCGCACAAACGUCGGGACAUGAGCAGGGCAGGCACGUGACUGUGGCAAACAACAAAGCCCAAAGGAAGCAUACACGUGAGCUUCAGUGGCGAACACUAGUUGCCUCGCGCAGCUAGUUGAUAGUUGUAUC